AUGUCAGUCGAAGGGAUACCAACCACACCACCAGUUGCAUUUCGAACAUUUAUAGAUUAUCAGCGGUCUUUGCCACCCACUUUACACCGAAAAGCUCCAACUGAAAGUUGCAAUGAGGAGGAAAAGUGUCAUUCUUCAGUCAACGCGGAAGAGCAAUCCCAACACACCGAAUCAAGCUGUGCUACCGUCAUCAGUGAUGAGCGAAGCCAGCGACACGACUCUACCGCCUCUACCCUCGUGGUAGAGGACCCAGACGACCGGCCAUAUUCGACAUUCAGUGGCUUCCAGAAGAAGAACAUCAUCGUGAUGGCCUCAGUCGCCGCCUUUCUCUCACCGUUAUCCUCGCAGAUCUAUCUCCCCGCCACGCAAAAGAUUGCCCUCGAGUACGGCGUCAGCAGCACCAAAGUCAACCUCACCAUGACAGUCUUCAUCAUCAUGCAGGGCAUCGUGCCGUCGUUUGUGGCGGCUUUUGCGGACAACUUUGGCAGACGGCCGAUCUACCUGGUGUGCUUCCCCAUCUACAUUGCCGCCAAUAUCGGGCUGGCGCUGCAGCGGCACUACGGCGCCCUGGUUGCUCUGCGCUGCCUGCAGGGGAUCGGCAGCAGUGCCAUGGCGACGCUCUCGACCGCCAUUGUUGCCGACAUGAUCACCUCGGCGGAGCGCGGGACGUACAUGGGCUUCACGCAAAUUGGGUCAAUUCUCGGCCCCGCCAUCGGGCCUGUCCUGGGCGGCGUCAUCAGCCAGUACACGGACUGGCACUACAUCUUUUGGCUCUUGGCGGGUUUGGCGUGCGCCAUCUUUGUGCCGCUGUUGAUACUCCUGCCAGAGACUUGUCGGCGCAUGGUAGGCGAUGGGUCCUUGCCGGCGCCGGUAUCGAAUCAAUCGAUGCUGCAGCUCUUCCGCGGGCGGCAAGAAAGAAGAGAAUCAGCUGGAAUCGAGCAGCUCUCUGAUGAGGAGAGCAAGAAAGAAGUCAUAACGGCGAGUAGCUUCGAACAAGAGCGAUGUUGUGGUCGAUCCUUGAAUCCGCUGGCGUCUCUCACAAUCAUGUUCGAUAUUGAAACUGCGCUACUCCUCUUUUGCAACUCGUUUGCAUUUGCCUGCUUUAUUUCGGUGACUACAAGCAUUCCGUCACAGUUUCACCGUCUAUAUCAGGUAAAUGAGAUGCAGACGUCGCUCAUCUACAUCCCGCUUAGCCUGGGCACGCUCAUUUCGGCCGCCACCACCGGCCAGCUCGUCAACUGGAAUUUUAAGCGCUACGCUCUCAAGCAUGGCUACCCCCUGACGAGCAACAGACAGCAUAACCUGGACGGCUUCCCUGUCGAAAGGGCGCGGCUCGAGAUUGCCUGGCCGCUCAUGCUCAUCGCGGCGGCCAGCUUGAUCCUGUACGGAUGGAUCAUGCACCUCAAUAUCAGCAUGGCUGCGCCAGUUGUGAUUCUCUUUGUAUUUGGAUAUACAAAUGUGGCCGCGUACAAGACCACGGGGAUUCUGCUUGUUGAUAUUCACCCCGGCCGGGCGGCCACGGUUAGCGCGGCGAGCAACCUGAUCAAAAGCGCAUUCGGUGCAGCGGCAUCAGCGGCCGUGGUGGCGCUCAUACAGGUCAUGGGGAUCGGAUGGACGUUUACAAUGCUUGCCCUGGUAUGGGUAGCGCUGAGCCCGUGCUUCGUGGUUCUGAUGUGCUGUGGACCGAGAUGGCGGAGGGAACGCGCGGAGAGAGAGGCGAUGAGGAUGGAGCGGAAAAGUAGCCAGGAUUUGAGAAAGCAACAUGCGGGGAACAGCUGCACUGUGUAA